GUAGAGCUGCACCUAUUGGUUGAGAGUAAGAAGGUUCCCAAUGUGCAUUUGUUGCUAUCAAUCAUGCUUGUCCUAAGCACUGGACGCUUUUUCUCAAGGCUUUUUCUUCUUCAGUUUACCGUUGUCUGCUGACGUCUUCUUGUCUCCUACCCAAGAUCUUCCUUUUACUGGAUUAUUGAGUAAUGAGAACUGUUUCUUAGGACUGAACUGAUUUAACCUACUAGAAAUUGUCUUCAUCUGGCUGUCACCAUUGCGUGCUGAAAAGAAGGACACUGCAACUCUGCUGGUAGCAGACUUUAGAAGUUGACUUCUGCUUUACACUGAGAUGGCCUCACAGAAAGUGUGGCUGCUGUGCCUUCUAGUCACAGCUAUUUGCUCCUUCCAUGUGAAUUUACUACCUGGAGUUCAAGGGCAGGCCCAAGGUGCAGCAAAAGAUAAUGAUGCCGAUGAUGAUAAUGACAACGCUCAUGUAGAUAAUGAUGACGACGAUGAUGAUGACGAUGAUGAUGAUGGAGACAAUAAAGACGAUGAUGAUGACGACGACGAUAAAGAUGAUGAUGAUGAUAAAGAUGAUGACGACGACGAUAAAGAUGAUGAUAAAGAUGAUGAUGACGAUGAUGACGAUGAUGAUGAUGACGACGAUGAUGAUGAUGACGAUGAUGAUGACGAUGAUGAUGACGACGAUGAUGAUGACGACGACGAUCAAAUAGUUAAAAAGCAUGAAGAGGAUGAUGACGACGAUGAUAAUGACGACGAUGAUGAUGACGAUGAUGAUGAUGACGACGAUGAUGAUGACAAGCAAAAAAAAGAGAAGGCUGAUGACGAUGAUGAAGAUGAUGAUGAAGAUGAUGACGAUGACGACGAUGAUGACGAUGACGAUGAUGAUGAAGAAUACAAAGACGGGUCACUGUGCCGCUACUGCGCAUUCUGCAAGCACUGUGGAGACUGUGAUAAAUGCCCCUGUGAAGAAAAGGAUAAGAGUGAGCAUUGUAAAAACUGCGAGUAUUGCCAGUUUUGCUACGUGUGCCCAGUUAUAUGUGAAACAGCUUGCAAACCUGGGAGCUACAUAGAUGAACUCUCAGGAGCCGUGUAUCAGACUGUCGCCAACAUAUUUGAAUAGAAAGAAAACUUUCAGCUUCCAACCAUCAUAGAAUUGAAAGCUAAGCACUGGACUUCAUUGGGUAACAUUUCUAUAACACAAGGACAUUUGAAGAUGAUGUGGUUGGUGGCAGUCACUGGCAUUUGGGUUGGGUUGUCAUGUCUACGUCUUUGUGGGACUCUUCUGAAUGCCUAGAAGACAGCCAGUGAGCCACUCACUGUAUUACAUCACCCCAAUUAAUGAUUUCUACCUCCCGAACCCCCAUCCGAGACAUAGCCUUCAAUCUGGCUUCUUAUGAGGAAGUCAUAGAUGAUGCCUGUCCACGGAAGAGUCUUUCUGAGAUGGUCAUUAUAACGCGGACUAAAAGGCUGAUGUCUCCAGGUCUCUUACAAGGAGUUUCUCUACUAUCACAAUCAAUGUCAAGAACCGAGAUGGCUGAAAAUAAGGAUAUUUAUGCCAACAUUCAAGACUCCAUAAUGUAGUAGAACAAACAUAUUGGUACCUGCCAUAGGUUACACCUUAGCCCUCCUUUUCGAAGGAUGACAGAUAAAAAGGAACAUAUAUUUAUUUAUAACAUGUGAAGUCUCACAUCCAACAAUAAAUGGAUUACUGGUCUCUUAAA